AUGGAUCCGAUGGAUGUGUUGGCCAUCGCAGGUAAGAUGCGAUACGCGAAUAACUCCAACUACAAGAACGACACAAUGAUCCGGAAGGAGGCGUUUGUCCACAAAUGUGUUUUGGAAGAACUGAAGCGAAUCAUUGAAGACUCGGAGAUAAUGGCCGAAGACGACGCCCUGUGGCCACAGCCCGACCGCGUGGGCCGUCAGGAGCUGGAGAUCGUGAUCGGCGACCAACACAUCAGUUUCACGACCAGCAAAAUCGGUUCAUUGGUUGACGUGAACCAAAGCAAAGACACGGAAGGCUUGCGGUGUUUCUAUUACUUGGUUCAGGACCUCAAGUGUCUGGUCUUCUCACUCAUCGCUCUUCACUUUAAAAUCAAACCCAUUUAG